AUGGCAACUUGGCAGAUCAGUAACUUUUUCUCUCUCAUGGUUCUUCUGCCCAUGACUGCAAUUCAGUCGAACAGUCAACUCAACAAGGAAACUGUCACGGUGGUACUACUUUACCCUCUCUCGUCCUGUGAGCAGCUGAUUACCACCGAUAACCAAUUCGAUUCCGCUUUCCAUGUGGCCAUCGAGACCAUAAACAACAGCAGCACCUUCAACUUUAAGUUAUCGUAUCAUCUGAAUGAUACGCGAUGCAAUGAGCUGGUUGGUAUCCAGGCCAUGACCGAGCACAGGAAUCGCGGAGUUCAAGUUUUUAUCGGGCCGGGAAACGAGACCUACUGUGCAACUUCAGCCCGUGUCGCUGCAGCCUGGAAUCUUCCCAUAAUCUCAUACUUCUGUAAUGAAGACGUUGUCUCCGAUAAAUCUCUUUACCCAACCUUCGCUCGAACAAGGCCUCCCAACUCGCAGCUAAGCAAGAGUGUAUUGGCUGUGUUGAGGAAAUUUUCUUGGACACGUGUAGCCAUCAUAUAUUGUGAUGGUAGUUGCUUUAGUCAGCAGCGAUGGGAGAAGACGAAAGAAGACAUGAAAAUAUAUUUUGAAGAAAAUGGCAUCGAGGUCACUUACGAGGCUCAAAUGCCACAAGAGCACCAGCAGGAAAGGUUUGACCUAAUCUUGGAGGAGAUCAAAGUAAAGGCUCGGAUUGUGAUAAUCGCUGCAAAUCCUGAAUAUGCACCACCAUUCAUGGUCCGCGCUCGAAGUAAAGGGAUGACAAAUGGUGAUUACGUGUACAUCAUCAGCACAGCUAACUCUGUGAUUGGCCAACAGCAUCAGGACGCGGAGUAUUGGUUGACAGGAAUCAGUGGAAAGAUCAACAAGGUCGAAGCCGAGAGAGCCUGGCACUCAGUACUUACACUAGUUCCCAGACCUUUCAACGCUACCAAGUACAAAAAGUUCCAGCAGCGUGUGUUAAAAAAGGCGAACGACGAAACGCAGGACCAAGUGGUUCAUUAUGCGGCGUAUUUGUAUGACGCCGUGUAUUUGUACGCGUUGGCACUGAAUAAGACGAUUUCCAACGGACAGAGCCCAAAGGACGGAGUUGCCGUGUUUAAGAAUAUCAAAAGGACAAAUUUUGAAAGUAUCACAGGAUUUCAAUUACAUGUGGAUGAGAAUGGAGACGUUGAAUUUAACAUGACGCUUCUUGAAUAUUUCAAGAAUGCUGGUGGUGGACAUGAAAUGAAGACUGUUGGCGAGUUUAAGCUGAACGAAACGAGCGGAAACCAAGUCCUUGAGCUAUUUUCCGGGAUUAAUAUCAGCUGGUCCGAGUAUGGUCAGCGAACUUCCCCUCCAGUAGACAGGCCUCCAUGCGGAUUCACUGGUGAGCUCUGUCCAACACCUUCACCAAGUCCUUCAAAGCCAAUUAUCUACAAAGCAGGUGUCAUAGCUGCUGCUGUAGUUUCGUCUCUUAUCGUAGCUGGUACGGUGCUGUUACUCUUCUAUAUCAGUAGGAAACACGCCUUUGAAAAAGAGCUGGCCAGUCAAAUAUGGAAGGUGAAAUACGAAGACAUCGUGAUUUGUCCUGCUAUGGGUAUCAGUGUCUCAAGGAUAUCAACCAUUAGCGAGAUAUCAACGGCAAACAGACCUCGGUGCGGCAUCACACUGGGGAUAUAUAAGGGACAUCCAGUGGUCGUAAAACGCAUUGAGAAAAAUCAUGUUGACUUAACAAGAACUGUGCUCCUUGAACUAAAACAGAUUCGUGAGGUACAUCACCCGAAUUUGACCAGGUUUUUUGGCGCAUGCGUGGAUGCUCCCAACAUCUGUAUUCUCACAGAAUACUGCUCAAGAGGAACUUUACAGGAGGUCAAUUUGAACGAGGACAUAAAGUUAGACAGCAUAUUUAUUCAUAGUUUUAUCCUGGAAAUUGCAACGCUUUUAUCUAUGGUCAUUUUAGAGGAGAGGAAGCAGAAUCAAUGUUAA